AUGGUUAGGACCAGAGGAUUAGGUCGUGCCUUAGGUCACGUUACUGGCAGAGGUGUGGGCAGAGGAGAUCAUGAUGAUUCCAAUGAUGCUCCGCAGCAUCGAUGGCCUAUCGCAUCUGCACGGAGGCAGCGAGUCUCUGUCACUGCGGCGCAUGAUGAGCCAGUGGUCCCUGCACCAGAUAUUGAGGCUGAUGUAUUUCUGGAUGACCCGAUGGCACCAAUUGAUGUAGAGGACAUUGUGGCAGACAUUCCUGCAGACAUAGGCGCAGAGGCUUCUGAGGAUGAGCAUGAGGGAUUUUUGGGUGGUCUGAGCGACCCAUUCGUGCUGACCCAGUAUGCGGAUCACGUUGCUUGCAGCGUAUGGAUGGGAGAGCCCUUGCACGUGGAUGAUGCGGUUCAGAUGCUGUUGGACUUAUUGAUGGUCUCUACAGAGUCUGCCAGGGCUGAGAUAACCCAGUGUCGUGGAUCGUACGUACGCCUGCAAUGGGUACGUGAUUUAUACGAGCGCCGAUGCCAGGCAGGUCAUUGGACAGCUGCGGCUCGCGCAUAUCUUCUUCAUCUUCUGGGUUGCACUUUGUUUGCUAACAAGAUUGCAACCAAUGUGCAUGUUGUGUACUUGGAGGCCCUUCGUGACCUCAGUCAGACCGGGAGGUACGCCCGGGGAGUGGCUGCUCUAGUGCAUAUGUACGACCAGCUGAACGAUGCCUCUAUCAGUAGCAGGUGGAUUGCGACGAAGAAGACUGUGAAGAGCAUACGUACACCGGCGUACAGGGAGCGCCUGGACCGACUCCAGAUUCCGGAUGUCUGUUGGAUCCCGUAUGGGGAGCACCAACCGGUCCAAGACUUCCAUGUGGUAUCAUGCUAUUCCGGUCUCCUGCGCUGGGGGCCUGUUGCUAUUUAUUAUCGACCAGAGAGGGUCGUGCGGCAGUUUGGAUACACGCAGACCAUUCCUGCUCCUCCUAUCGAUUCAUGGGUGUCGUAUGAUGAUAUACAUGACAGGUGGAUGCACUACUCGGGUCAUAUCGUUCCAGCAAGUGAGGUGUGUGUUGUGCCAGUGACUACAUGGACUGGUUCUUUCGCAUCUUGCAUCCUUUCAUGA